AUCUGCCACUUUGACAUUGUGCUGUUUUGUUUAAUAUCAAACGCGAUUUUUGCUAGAAAAAUCGUCGAUUUCCUGAUAAAAUUAGUUUAAUUCCAGUGCGGUUAGGUCCAGUAGCAUGUAAGAAGGGUCUCAAGAUAAUCCACUGCAGUGCUGGCUCUAUGAUGGACUCGCUGUCGUCCAGGAAGAAUGGCAAUGCAGAUCCGGAAAACCUGAACCUCAGCUUGGAUAUGGGGGACGAAAUCAAACUGGAAGAGGUGAAUUACGAGAGCGACAUAUCGUCGUCCAGUUCGGAAUCGUCUAGUGCCCCCAGUAUUAGUUCGGCGAGUUCAAAUUCGUCAGACAAGGGGCGUCAUGGGCGCCACAAGAAUACGCGCCCCGACAAGAGCCCCUCGCCGGCGGUAAGACGAGAACGGCCCAAGGAUGCCAAGUCCAAAUAUGACUACUUAACGAAGCUGAACUACUUAUUUCGCGACGCCCGGUUCUUCGUCAUUAAAUCUAACAAUGCCGAAAAUAUCACGCUGUCGAAGGCCAAAGGAGUCUGGUCCACUCUGCCCCAGAACGAGGCCAAUUUGAACCAGGCCUGGCGAGAGUCCCGAAACGUGCUUCUCAUCUUCUCGGUGAAAGAAAGUGGAAAAUUUGCAGGCUUUGCCCGCCUGAAUGGGGAGUCACGUCAUGAUAUUCCAUCAAUUUCCUGGGUGCUUCCUGCCGGUCUAUCGUCUAGGGCUUUAGGCGGAGUCUUUAAAGUCGACUGGAUUUGUCGCAAAGAGCUCCCGUUUUCCAGCACCAUGCAUUUGUACAAUCCUUGGAAUGAUGGAAAACCCGUGAAAAUCGGCCGAGAUGGGCAAGAGAUUGAGCCGCGAGUAGCUGAAGAACUGUGCCGUCUGUUUGCAGAAGAUGAAGGCAUUGAGAUUUCGCCUAUCCUGAGACUGGCCAAGGAGGCCUCGAAGAAACUGGGACUUAGAGGCAAGGACGGCAAUCGGCACGUCAAGGCCCGAAUGCCCAUUUCUGCACGAACCCCCUUUGCAUUCAGAGGAGGCCGCGGAGGAUCCUCCUAUUCCAGGAGGAAAUUCUUUUUAUCGAAUAGAGCGUUAAAUUCAACAAAUUAUCGGCGCUCAGCCUCACCUAGACCGAGGGACAGGUAUCAUCCCUAUUAUGAUAGAGAGUCGCCUCGGCCGUAUACGGCAGCUGCCGCUGAGGCCUACGUUGCUGAUUACAUGAGAACCAUGCAACAUCAGCUACCUCCGUUACCAUAUGUACCUCCACCCGGAUUGUAUUCAUCUAGCUAUGAACCAAUUCCGGCUCCUGCAAGAUAUUACGAUGGGCUUUCAAUAGGAGAUUACCCGACCGCUAGGAUUGCCCCCUAUCAAGAUAAGAGGAGCUACGAUCGAACAGUGGAGGAUUUCAUUUGGAAGAAUAAAGAGAGACGCUCGUCGAGGGAAAGAGAGUAUUCGAGAGAGCGGUCCCGGUCCAGAGAUCGAUCCCGAGGUCAAUCGCGAGAAAGAGAGCGUUUGAGGGAGCGCGAGCGGGAAAGGGAGCGAGCCCGUGAGCGCGAAAGGGAGCGCCAGAGACUGAGGGAAAAGGACUCGCGCUAUCGCUACCGAGACAGACGGUAGAUAAUCAGAACUUGCUGACUAGAUGCCCUAAUGCUGUUAUAGUAUGAGGGUAGGGAGGGGACUCGGGUCUUCUAAACCAAGAAGAGUAUACUAUUUGAUAAUGCUGUUAAGUUCUUCAGUUUGUAUUUGCUUGUGUUUUCCAUGUAAAUACGCGCUCUAGGAGCCUGAUCUUUUUUUUUACACUCACCACACGGCUAGACACAAUUGUUCAUUUUAUAAAAUGUAUGGCGUUUAAUACUCAAGGCCAAUUGCAGCGUAAUGUUACAUACCCAUAAAUUGGUCAUUUGAGAUGAUUUCUGGACGUGCAAAAUUGCAAUAAAUGACUUGAAAUGGC